UUUACACAUCGUCCCCAUAUGAAAAUAUGUAUUCUGUGUUUUGGCAACAGAUUACUCUGAGAAAUCUGAGAUAUUGUCAAUGAAUUGGCGUUGUGUGGUUGUGUUCUGUUCUAAAACUUGCCGAAACUGGUACUGGUGAAGGGGAUUUGAUAUUGUUUUACAUAACUGAUAACAUUGCUCAGAAAGUCUAUAAAAUGGGCAUUCAUGUUGAAUAGCGCCCUCAUUUGAGUACUGUAAUGAACAAAAAAUGGCAGUCCCCUUUUAAGUUAAUAUGCAAGUCAUUUGAUGUAGACGAAUAUAUGAAUUAUUAUACUUGACCGACUGAUUUUAAAAUAAAGAUAAAUAUCGACACUCGGAAUAACUGCUCCGUGGUGCAUUCCAUUUGUCUUUCAGUUUCUGCAUGUUUUUUGUUACGAGAAUCAGAAUUAACAUACACUUAAAUUUGUGCAUUUUCACCAGUUGUCAGAUUUUAUCACAGUAAAAAUUUGUUUAAUUUUCUCCAAAUGUUUUCGGUCAAAAAAAGUUAUGUCAUCAAUAAAAAGUCAAGUUAACCCUUGCUCUUUUACCAUUUCAAUAUUCUCUUAAUAAAAAUGCCAGACCAACUCUUUGUAUUCCAUGCGCUUCAGCUGGAAAGUUUUUAAAUUUCAAAUUAAAAUGCAUAGAUUUUAAUAAAUUUGUAUUAUUUUUUUAUUUCACAAUGACAGGUUCAGCCCUGGCAUAUAUAAAUUAAUUUAAGAGAAUUAAAAGAAUUAAUUUAAAAUCGAAAACAAAUCUAGGGUAAAAUUCAAUUUAUUUGAUGAGAAAUGACGAAAAAGUGGAAUGAGAGUCUUUGAUUCAAAGACUUCAACUCUGAUUUAAACCACACACGUUCGUCCCUUCUACCGUAUUGUCUAGUGUAUACAUGGGUAUAAAAAGUGUGGUUUCUUACUAAUACUUCGAGCUAUGUCAUGAAUUCGAUCCAUUGUUCAGUUUUGACUAGCUCUGCACAAGUAAAAGAUCUCUCUUUCCUUAAUUAUGCGCUUGCAUCUCGACUGGAUCUUGGUUGUGUAACAGUCCGAGUGUUCCAUUCAUGGCAUAGGCCUACACCACGCAAUACUUGUGUGCGUUUGUCCUCGAAAUGGAAUUCAUGCCACGUAGUCACCAUCGGUGGAUCGCAGUGCCUAAGUUCACAGGCCUUCCAGGAUCAAAUAGAAUUGUACAUGUAUAAUAAUGUUGCAGCUACCGAAAUGUACUGCAUUAAGUUUACAAAAUAUUAAAAAUUUACUGUAUGGAACUGAGGAUUUUUCUACGAACCACAAGUGCUGAUGGAUAGAACCAUACUGAUCCUGCAGCUAUGAAGACUACGUUUCCGACCUUGGAUUUUUACAGUGACGCCUUUUCGCAAGAACAGUUCUCGGAAUUCAAGGCGGCUUUCUCGAUCUUUGACAAAGACGGCGACGGGACAGUGACCAGUGAUGAACUGGCAGUGGUGCUGAGGUCGAUUGGCCUUAACCCGACCAAGAGGGAGCUAGACAUGAUCAUCAAAGAAGCGGACACGGACGGUAACAACAUGAUCGAACUGAACGAGUUUCUAGCCACCAUGACUCAAAAGAUGAUGCAGGAGGGAAGAGGUCAGGAUGAUGACGUCAUGACGGAACAGGAAAUCAAGAAAACCUACGAUGUCUUCGACAGCAAUGGUAAUGGUUACAUAAGUGCUGCUGAUAUUCGGCGAGUUGGAACACUCUACGGUGAGUGCAUCACAGAUGAAGGAGCCAAUCAGAUGAUAGGAGAGGCAGACACAGAUAGCGACGGGCGUGUCACGUAUGAAGACUUUCUGAAAAUGAUGACCUCACCGUAGAAUGGAAAGAAUGCGUCUGAUCCCGCCUCCAAAGGAGACUUUCGUUUUAAUUUUCAAGCAAAAUAAAGAUGUAAUAUACAUUAUUGGCUUAGGGCAAACUCACAAAAAUACAAUUAUUUAUUGAGGUAAUACGGAUGUAAAUUAUGCGGAAAUAUAAACCAAUAUUUACAUGUAUACAGUGCUACUAACUGAUAACCAUAGGAGUGGUUCAUUUUGUGUCAUGUUGCAAUGAACAUUAUAAUCUUUGGGUGUACUUAAUGCAUUUUAAAGACAUUGUGCUUGGACUUUUUUUCAGGAAUGGCACCUUAUGAAAUUGAACAUAAAUAUGUAACUGCAAAUUAGGGAUAAGAUGUUUUUAGAGUGCAGAGAAGCAAAGUGAGGUAAGAAAAAGAGAAUACUUGUCAUGCAAACUUUGUUUAUUCGGAGAUUAUUAAAAAAAACUUUGUUACAAAUAGCUAUAAGAAAUUAAACUUACUUGUAUUACAUAAAACACA